UUCACUCUUACUACAGAGACUGAGGGAAGGGAGAGGAAGGCCGGCGAGGGAGCAAACGGUCGGGCCCGGAGCUGCCGCUGCCUCAGUCCACCUCGCCCCGCUUCGCAGGUCUUUGCCUCCCGCCCCUGCCCAUGUUCAGGGAACUCGGGCUGGCAGCCAACCCUCCUCAGCCGCUGCCGCCGCCUCCUUUCCUUGCCGCCGUCCCCAGGAGCCGACCGGCCCGAGAGCCGCCCCCGCUGCCGCUCCUUUUGCCUCCACCAUGGCUGAGCUGGGGCAGGAGGUCGUCCACUUGGUAUGGGGCAAGAAGCCCGGCGCGCACGGCCUGGCAGACACCAUCUUCUUCCGCUGGGCACAAGGGUUUGUGUUCAGUGAGUCAGAAUCUACUGCAUUAGAACAAUUUGAAGGAGGCCCUUGUGCGGUUAUAGCACCUGUUCAGGCAUUCCUUCUAAAGAAGCUUUUUACAUGUGAAAAAUCUACCUGGAGACAAUGUCAAGAAGAAGAGCAGAAGACUCUCCUCUGCCAUACACUGUGUGAUAUUUUGGAACUGGCUUGCUCUGAUCAUUCAGAAUCAUACUGUUUGGCAACAUGGCAUAGAGGAAAAACUGCUGAAGAAACUGCUAGUAUUUCUGAGAGUCCAGCUGAAACAAGCCGACAAGAGGAGCAGCCCUCUGCCUUGGCUGUCGAAGAGCUUGGCUUUGAGCGAUUUCAUGCAUUAAUUCACAAGCAGUCAUUCACAAGUUUUCCUGACUUCAAAGAUGCUGUUUGGAAUCAUUAUUCAGUCUGGACAAAUAAAUUUGGAGUAUUGCUUUUUCUAUAUUCUGUGAUACUGACUAAGGGUAUUGAAAACAUAAAAAAUGAAAUUGAAGAUUCAACUGAACCAUUGAUAGAUCCUGUUUAUGGUCAUGGAAGCCAAAGCUUAAUUAACCUGCUGUUGACCGGACAUGCAGUUUCUAACGUCUGGGAUGGAGACAGAGAAUGCUCAGGAAUGAAACUACUUGGAAUUCACAAGCAAGCAACUGUUGGGUUCUUGACACUAAUGGAAUCUCUAAGAUACUGUAAGGUUGGGUCCUUUUUGAAGUCCCCCAAAUUCCCUAUUUGGAUACUUGGCAGUGAAACUCAUCUCACCGUCUUUUUUGCCAAGGAUUUGGCUCUUGUUGCUCCUGAAGCCCCUUCAGAACAAGCCAGGAGAGUCUUUCAGACAUAUGACCCUGAAGAUAAUGGCUUUAUACCAGAUACACUUCUAGAAGAUGUAAUGAAGGCUUUAGACCUUGUGUCAGAUACUGAAUAUGUCAAUCUCAUGAAGACAAAAUUAGAUCCAGAGGGACUAGGAAUUAUAUUACUAGGCCCAUUUCUUCAAGAAUUUUUCCCUGAACAGGACUCCAAGGUUCAAGAAUCAUUCCCUGUAUAUCACUACAAUGGACUGAAGCAAUCCAAUUAUAAUGAAAAGGUCAUGUAUGUUGAAGGCACAGCCGUGAUUAUGGGCUUUGAAGACCCAAUGCUGCAGACUGAUGAUACGCCAAUCAAGCGCUGUUUGCAGACCAAAUGGCCAUACGUAGAACUCCUCUGGACCACAGAUCGAUCCCCUUCAUUAAAUUGACACUGAAAGAAAAUUUUGAACUAUUAUCCAAUGUUGGAAUGGGGGGCGGGGGGGAGCAUUGAGUAAGCAGCUACCUAUAUUUAAAAACAAAACCCUAUACUUCAGCUGUGUGGCUAUACACUGGUAUCACUGAGAAACUGUACAUAAAACACUUUUUCAGUGUUAAUUUAGAAUAUUUUUUUUUUAAACGGGAUUGGUAUGUAUUAUAUCAGCUAGUUCUUUUUUUACCCAUUCUAGUACAGUUAAGAUGCAAAUUCUCACUCAGAAGCCCCUUGUGUUCAACCUGAAGAAUGGUCUCGCACUGCAGCAUCCGCACAUUAAAUGAAAUUUGUCUUAAAUGCCAUAGUAUUCACCUGUUUACACAUCUGGCCACAUAUUUUAUUUCAAUUGUCCUGCCUUAGGGCACGGCUCACAAGGACAUUCCCUUGCACUAGCCGCAAUGAAAAGGAGCUUGCCCAGGAAGCAGCAUCCUUGUGAACUUCCCGUUCAGUGUGCUGGAGAUUGUGCCAGGGAACUUUUCAGGUGGGUUUUGUGCCCUGUGCACUUUCAGGACUAGAUUGGCAUUUGCACUGAAUAAGUUUGACAAGUUAAACUUCUGCUGGUUUUUUCCUCCCUUCUAGAAAUCAACAUAGCUUUGCACAGAUGGGGCAAAAAAUUAUGAAUGGCUAAGUAUAAACGAUGAAUGCUGUUUAUCGGCAGUUUUAUUUUCCCACCAGGCUUACUUAUUGAAAGUAAAAGCCAGGAUUUAAAAAGGAUAUUAAUAUUUGAAGUUGUAUAAAGGAAAUGUAAAAAAAACUUUAACAGCAGAGAGAAUUUGUGCUAUGAUUUUUUGAAGUUGUCCAUAUUAUUAUUGCCAAAUACCUCCUCUUAAUAUGUCCUAACAGAAAUGUAAGCCAGCACUAUUGAAUGUGUUACAUGCAUGAAAACAUCAGUUAUUAAAGUAGUAUAGUCUUAUUUAUUAUCUAGCAAGACCUACAUAAAUAAAAAAAUACCUAAA